UUGCAUGCUGGGAGAAAUGGCCUAAGUGGGCGGCGGUGGGGGGAGGGGGCUGGGUCGGACCGAGGUGGGUGCUGUUGCUGCGGGCUUUGACAUAGAUUCCCCCUGAUGGCGGCCGCCCCGGGAGGCCCCAGAUAACACCGGCCUGGUCCCUGUGCGGAGCCACCCUCUGCCUGGCCAUGCCAGGCCCAGCCGCCCCUGCAGGAGGCCGGAGAUGGAACCCACUUCUCAGCCCUUUGCUGCUUCUCUGCCAACCAGAUGGACCACUGAAUUGUAUAAGGUAUAAAUUAACCUUCUAAAAGGAAUUAAACAAUGGAACCAGACAUAAUUCGGAUGUACUCUUCUUCCCCUCCUCCACUAGACAAUGGUGCUGAUGAGGAUGACGAUGAUGAAUUUGGGGAAUUUGGUGGAUUCUCUGGUGUUGGCACUUCUGGUAUAGGUUUUGCUGAUUUUGAUGCACCAGACUACAGUAAUUCAAAGGAGGAAUUUAUACCCACAAACCAUUUUAUGCCAAUUCAUGAUUACUCUGACAAUGGAGAUAGCCUUGCAACCUUUAACUCUGUUAAAAAUGGUAAAGAUAAAGACUGCAUUGCAGAACUUCCUAAACCUGCUAAAGAACUCUCUGAUAUAUCAACUAAAACCAGCAAAGAAAAAUGUAAAUCUAGAACUUCAGGUUCUUCCUUUGAUGUUAAUCUGGAAGAUAUAAAGAGAAUAGGGGAACAAAAAGAGAACAGGGGAAAAGCAGAGGGUUUCUCCUCUGAAGGUGUUAGAACUGAUAUGAAAGUUACAGGCCAGGACCAGCAAAUAGACACUUGUAAUGGUGAGAAACUCCCAUGUCUAGAGAUUCUAACAAAUGGUUUUGCAGCAUUGGACUCUGUAAAUCCUCAGGGAAUAGAAGAUCUGGACAGUGUCAGUGACUCAAAGGGACUAAAAACUACUAGCACUCAUAGCACUGAGUUAAGUUUAGACUCUCUGCCCAGCCCAGCUGAGGAUUUUGCAGAUUUUGCUGCAUUCUCAAACAAUGAAACAAUCCAUUUAGAAGAACCAGGUCAUAAAAUAUGCAAAGUUUUUAAUGAAAGAGAAGCACUGAAUGUACAGGAAAACCAUAUAAUAAAUAGAGUGGCUGAACAAAGUAUUAUGAAGGAACAGUCUUCAGAUAGAAGCUACGAAUAUGAAGGAGAGACUUGCACUGAAGAUGAGCAGGCUUGCAUUUCAGAAACCAAUUUAGUAGAUAAUGAAGUUGGUAGUAAUUGUGAGCAGGACUCUACAGCACUGGAACAUAAUGACUUCAUUUGUAGCACAACUCAAACAACUGAGAUUUCAAUAGGCACUACUGAAAAUGCAGAAAACACUGGAAGGGGAAAAUAUUGUGACCGUGGGAACAGCAACGAACUUGAUUUUUCUAGGGCUGAUGAUUCUUCAGAAACAGAAAGUAUCAACUUUACUAAAAUUCAAAACCCCACCAGUGAUCCUGCAGAAGAAACUGAUUUGGGUGAUUUUGAAGAUGUAAAGAAUGGUGAAAGUAGCACUGAAUUUCUGUCUUGUAGUGAUACAAACGAAGAUGAUUUUGGUGAUUUUGGCACAGUCAGUGGUGCAUCUCCUGCUUUUAUUAGUGACACUCAAGAGUCAGUGAAUGAUUUCAGUUUAGAAGACUCUUCUGAACAAUCUGCACACUUCAGUGAGCCAAGUGGUAAAUUUGGUGAGUUUAGGGAUAUAAAUAUUGAGGUAACUGUUGACAAACAAAAAUUAGAUCAGUCUGAACUAAAUCAGACACUAGAAUAUAGAGCUACCAAUACGCUUUCUGACUUGGAAGUCCCACCUCUUACUGAGUUGGAAUAUGGAAAGAAUAGUGAAUUUGGAGAGUUUGAUUCAGUGCCAACACCUCAAGACGAGUGCAGUGCUUUUCAGGACUCUGAAGAUUUUGCAGACUUUAGUUCAGCUGGUUGUAACCAAGCUGCAGAGUGGAAUGCUUUUGAAGAUGAACAGAAAGAAAGCUGUUAUUGGGCUGCUUUUGGAGAUGAACAAGCUGCUGAAUCUCAUUAUAGAAAAGAGACGUGGCAGUCACAUAGGACAGUUGCAUCUCUUAGUAUUGACAGCCCUGUGACCCAUCAGACUGAUGAUGUUGCUUUGGCAUCUUUCCAGGGAGUUGCUAGUAGGCGAGAAUCAGCACCUUCAAUUCAGACAACGUUGCUAAGCCGUCUGGAGCGAAUAUUUGAAGUUUGCUUUCCUUCCAUACCUGUUCUUGAAAUAGAAGAAGAGAUAAUUUCCUUGAACCUUUUUCUGGAAGCAAGCAACAAACGGAUGAGAACAGGAGAGACUUUGGCUAACUGUGGGGAACUUAUGGAAGUGUGGACAGAGCUGCAGGAUAUCCAUGAUUCGUAUGGAUUGAGAUAUCAGUGGGGUGGCUCUCACAGCAACAAAAAGCUUUUAUGCUCCUUGGGAAUUGACACAAGAAAUAUUCUUUUUACAGGCAACAAGAAGCAGCCUGUUAUUGUACCCAUGUAUGCAGCAGGACUGGGUAUGCUAGAGCCUACCAAGGAACCUCUGAAACCAAUAUCUGCUGCAGAAAAAAUAGCUUCCAUAGGACAGACUACCCCUGUAUCACCAGAGAUGAGCACAUGUACAUCUGAUCAGUUCCAGGAAUCUCUACCACCUGUCCAGUUUGACUGGAGUAGCAGUGGCCUUACUAACCCUUUAGAUGUGUGUGUCUUACCCCUUUUUACACAUAAACCCUCCCUUGGCUUACCUUCUAUAUGGCUGCCUACCAACAUGGUCACUGAAUUUCAAGCUAGUGGAGGUUCCACUCUUCUGAACCUUGAUUUCUUUGGGCCCGUGGAUGACAGUAGCUCUAGCAGCACGACCACAAUGCCAGGUGUGGAUCCAGAGUUGUAUGAGUUGACAACUUCAAAACUGGAAACCUCCAGUACAAGCAGCAAAGUGACUGAUGCAUUCGCAAGGCUCAUGUCCACAGUAGAGAAGGCAAGCACAUCUACAAGGAAGCCUAAAAAGGAAGAACAUCUUAGUGAAGAGGCUGCCAAGGUGAUUUCUAGCCUUCCUGACUUAACUUUCAUGCAUGCCAAGGUGUUGAUGUUCCCAGCCACGUUAACACCUUCAACACGCUGCCAAGAAAAGGUAGACUAAGUGAUGUGAAUUGGACACUUUCUAUUGAUUUUUUUUUUCCCCCCUUCUGGGUCAUAAAAAGCAAUCUUGCUUUAAUUAAAAACUUCAAGUUCAGAUGAUUUGUUGGUAAGCAGCACUAGAAAGGUAUACAUAGUAAUGUAUAUUUAUUUACAUACUGGAAUCUAAAUUUAUAUUAGAAAAAAGUGUAAAUAAUUGGGGGUGAAUCUUUUUGAAGAUUUAUUCUUUUUGUUGUGGGCUGGGAUGUAUACAUUUCUGUCUUUGUGAAAUACACUGGUGUCCUUCUAACAAAACUUUUCAAAAAAAUUAAAAAAAAAAAAAAUUCCAAUCUUCACUCUCUGUGAAAUCCCCUUUCAGUGUUUUCAGAUUGUAUCAAGUGUCUUAAUUUCUUUUCUGCACAUAUUAAAAUAUUUCAUUUUAACUGAAAAAGGCUAAAAGGUCACAUGGGUUUUUGCUUGGGUUUGGGGUUUUUUUGGUGGGGGUUUUUUCAGCUGUUUCUUUAAAACAGGCAGUUCCUUCUGUUUGAUCAACCUCAAUUUUUUUGUUUUUCUCUCUUCAAACUUUAACAAUAUGGCUAAAACACUAGCCUUUUGAAAGGUAUAUUGUCAGUACCUUUCUGUGUUAAGUUCUGGAUCACUGUCUAAACGCUCUGUCUACAUUUAAUCAAUUUGAUUUGGAAAAGAAGGACCAAAACUAUGAAUGUCUUACAAUGAGAUUUAUCUGUUACAGUUUUUGUUCUGUUGUACCACUAUUCCUAUGUUUGAUUUUGCACAGUGUAAAAUGACAUAAUCAUAGAUUGCUAUGGUUUAGGCUGUAUAUAUAGUAAAAACUAUGGGUUGUAAAUGUUUGGGGAAAUUCCUAUGGAAAAAUAAAGCUAUGUAGAAGAACCUCUAACAAGGUUAAUGUGCAUGCCUAAAGUCUUUUGAAAUUUAAGUGUGUAAAUUUCCUUUUAGCUUACACAAAAUAAAAUAAUUUAAAAGA